AUUGUAUGCAAUGGAUUUUAAAUGAAGAUGCGAGGGAGGAUUUUUUGAUAUUCGGUAUAUAAUAUCAAUAACAAGUAAAGAUUGCUACAUUUCCUCACACAUUGUCCGAGAUCUAAAUCAAUUGAAACUCUUCCUCUACUAUCACUCUCACAAUACCACAUACAACCACCAUAAAAUGUCCAUGAUGGCAAAACGCGAAGCAAUCGUCAUGACCGUCGCUGCAAUCGGGGGUCUCAUCGGCGCCAACGCCUUCCUCAAGCCUUCUCCUCACCACAGCAUCAAGGCGGGGAUGGAUUCGCAAUUACAUUCCUAUAAUGUUCAUACCAAACCGCAUAUUGAACAAGAUCCUAUGGAUACGAUUUUUGAUCGCACGGCGUUGAUGGAGAGUGUUAAGGAUAGGAAACCGUGGAACAAGACGUAUGCCGAGAAGGAGAGGCAUAGAUAGAUGGAUGGAUGAAUGGACAGAGAUGGUGUGGGUAUUGGG